UCCUCUCUCUCCCCAUCUAUUUACACACACACACAAACCUGCUCUCUUGUGGAAAACUACACACACAUGUCGAAACAAACAUACAGAGUGUGUUGCUGUUUCAGUAGGGGAUUCAGACAGAAGGAAGCUGAAACUCCUGCUGAAAUCAAAGCUUUAUUCGAAAAAUACUCUGAAAAUGGUGUAAUGACAGUUGAGCAUCUGCACAACUUCUUACAAGAGGUUCAAGGUGAAGGAAAAAUUACCCUCGAAGAAUCCCAGAAUGCGCUGGAGUCUUCCCUUAAUCUCCACAAACAUCGUAACAUUUUUCACCGCAAAAGUUUGCAUCUCGAAGAAUUUUUUCAAUAUCUGUUGAGUGAUCUUAAUGCUCCUCUCCCAUCUCCUCCUAAGGUCCACCAAGACAUGACUGCUCCUUUGUCUCAUUAUUUCAUUUACACUGGGCACAACUCUUAUCUAACUGGAAAUCAGAUAAGCAGUGACUGCAGUGAUUUGCCAAUCAUAGAUGCCCUACAAAGGGGUGUACGAGUCAUUGAAUUAGAUAUGUGGCCUAACUCCACCAAAGAUGAUGUUGAUAUUCUUCAUGGAGGGUAUGGAAAAUUAGCUUCUUCUAAUUAUUAUUUACUCGAAAAGUUUGUGGUGCAUAUCUGUUUUAACAUGUAUCAAAUAUAAUUUGACAUGAUACCAAGACAUAUAAAAA